GCUUUAUUCGUCGGCGAGCUUUCGUCGUGGAGAGGGUGCGCGCGCGCGUGCUAACUCGAGGAGAAGAGCAGGAGGAACAAGAAGAAGAAGAAGAAGAAGAGAAAGACAAAGGAAGAAGAGAAGCUGGAGGAGAAGGAAGACGUCCGUUUCACAAUUUUUCCUAUUUUUUCUCUAACGAUAAGCCGAAAUUUGUCGUUUUAACGAGGAAAGGGGAGAUUUUGUGAAGAAGGAAGGAAGUUUAGAGAGUAGUAGACCAAAAACAAGAAGAAAAGUUGAAUUGUCGCGAAACGACAGAAAAUAAUAAUAAGAAGAAGCUUAAGAAGAAGGAGGCCGGUGGUGGUGGUGGUGGUGGUGGUGUGCUGGUGGUAGUAAUAAUAGUAGUAGUAGUACUAGAGGACUAAAGCGUCGGUCGAUCGUAAAAAUGUAAUGACCCGGCGACGAGAGAGGGAAAAAAGUUAGAGCUACACUCGGAAAGUUUUAGCAGCGAGAAGCUACGUCGUAACUUUAAGAACGAAGAAGCACCACCGACAGGAAAGCUCAUGGCGUGAGAUCUCGAACAAUCGACCGGAAGGGAUUCGCGGCUAUCGUUUCUCUUUUCUUAUUUUCAUCGUCUCUUAGCGAGCAACUCGAGCGAAAAGCUCGACCACAAGUAUCAGGAUGCACGCGGUUGGAUUGCACUCGGCGCUGGCCAUCAAGCGUCAGAGAAAGCGUCGGGAUGAGCAACGUCGUGCUCGCGAGCGCCGGUAUAGCGCCCAAUCGGGUGAGAGUGGGCUGACAUCGCCGAGAGCGUCAACUGGUUCCCUGGACCAUCACCCAAGACACCACAAAGGAGUACACCCUAAUCGUGCCGCUGGACAAGGCAUGUUGGACACUAAGGUGGUCACUUCUAUUGGGAUGCUCCACAUCGGAGUGGUCUUUCUGGUCUUAGGAGCAUUCUUACUGAUGAGCGGUCUUCUGCCCGGUGAUUUGGCUCACUGGAGUAGCGAACGGUCCGGUGGUUGGUGGAACGAGUUGGUCGCUGUUGGUCUCUUCGCCAUCUUCGUCGGCAUCUUCUUGAUCAUUCUCAAUCGCGUCAUUGCUAGGAAGGAAGAAAACGAUCUCGAGGAAUACGUUCAAAGACAAUUAACCAGGUCCAGAUCUGGGCAUCGAUUAGAAAGAGAUGUCGAAACUGGUGGACUCACAACCAGACACGCCAGAAGGGUCAAACAAAUGCAGCAGAUACCCUCCGUUGGAUCGAUCACAACUCAAGACGAAAAGAACUCGGAAAACUCCCCACCGAAAAGUCCCCCACCGGCUUACUCUCCCCCACCGGUUAUCAACGGCGAUAAUCAAAACGUACAAUCGACUCUUUUCCUUGAACAAAUCACCGAAGAAGAAAUCAUCAGCGAUCGAGUUGAAACAUCGACGACCAACAGCCUCAGUCCUGGCUCCCCCAGUGAGACCAGAGAACUUCUACAAAAUCCUCGAUAUUCCAAGCAAAAUGGAAAUCCUCAACAAGCUCAUAGAUCCCUUUACGUAUCGAGAAUUUAAAUGUCUUACUUCCUUUCUAAUUGCUAUCUUUGAAUUUUCACGAAGGGUAAACGAAUCUUGUCUACGCGAAUUAAAUGUCAAUCGCUUUUGGGCUUUUAAACAAGUCCCCGAUUGCGAAACGCGCUCUCUGUUUAUACUGUUUAUCAACAUUUUUGGCAUAUCUUAGAACAUUUUUAAACUAAUCUUUGGUGACAGGAAUAUAAACGUUUGAUCCUCGUCGUAUCCUAAUUCCAAAAUCGGGACUAUUUAUCUUCGUUGAAAAUGAUUAUAUUUUAAUCCUUUCGUUUAACAAAGGAUAAUUCAUAUUAAACAUUCCAAUGAGAAUAUGCGAACGUCAAAACGAUUAUCAAUAUAUAUAGGACCGAUUUUCCCAACAUCCAUGAUGCUCGUAGGAAAGUUUGUAAUUUUGCUUCCGACGAUCAUUUACGGUGAUCCUAUAAACGUCGUCGUGCUUUGCGUGUUCCCGACACGAAUUUCCAUCAACGAGUAGAAGGUAUACUCUGUCAAAUUAAGCUCGGUAUUACGCCAGCAGUUAGAAAUUUCUGCUUUGAAUCGAAUAGGCUUGUUAUAUCGAUUUAACCCUUUAACCACGUCCAUCGUAUGACGUCCCACGCAGACUUGUUAUCCAUAAUAUUAUCCGUUAUAACAUUAGUUUCGAUUUACGAAGGGCGCCGUUGUAGAAACCUAAAGUUGAUUAGGAAUGUUUGAAAUACGUAAUUGUUUCCAAGUAGAUCCAAGCGCAUUUAUUCAAAUUUAUUUAAAAGAAAAGCUCGCAAACUAACUAAUGUAAAAGACUAAAAAUUUAUUAUUUUUACGUUUCUCUAUAACUUACCUAGCAGACAAGUUUAUAACUAACUUCUGUCUUUACUUUAUUCUACUAAACACUGCCUGUUCACAUUUCAAUUACACUCAAACUUGAGUUUAUUAAUUAAAUGUUCCUACUUUGUGAAAUUCGUUAGAACCUUCAACAGCACUUAUGUGAUUACAACGAUCACGAACUGCGACUGGUGGUAAAUUUUCAAGUUGGUUCGUUUUAAAAAUGAAAAAUAUUUAACGAUCGGGAGAACAAAAAAAUUUCAAGUGAAAAUAUUAUAAUCGCGUAUAUGUAAAUCGAAAACGAAAUAAGAAUUCGUGGAUUUUCAAAGGAACAAAAUAAUAUCAAAUUAAUAUAAUCCUGGACGUGUUCGUUGUUUGGAAAAUGUAUUCGUGAUCAAUACGAUACUUGAAUCUUUAAAAGAUUAUUAAUAAUUAAAACAUUCCUUUUUUCUGUGUGUGCGAUUUCAAUUGUUGUUUUGACGCGUUGUCUAUAUUUUUCCUAAGUUGAGGAAAAUAUAUUAUUCGUCUAAUACACAUCUGAUCAUUUAUGUCGAUCAUGAUUUAAAACAAAUAUUUUGUUUGAAUCACGGAAGAAUGUGGAAAUUAGCGAUGUAACAAUCAUGUACAAUCAACUUUACACAUCGUCAUUGUACUCAUAAACGAAUGAAACAGCUCGAUUUUACAAUAUAUUUGUAAAUAUUCGACAGGUGUUUAAGAAUGUGAAAUAAUCGAUAAAAUAUCUUUUAUACGUGAAGAUAAAUGAAAGACAAGAAAGAUCAAAGAAAUUUACUUAUGCACAUAUAUACAUAUAUAUAUAUACAUAUAUAUAUACAAUUACUAUGGUUCAAUUGAUUUGUAUUUUAUAAAUGUUAGUUCCCUUUUUUUAUGUCAAUAUACAUUCCACGAUCUAGUUUAACGUUCCAUUAAACUUAACUCGUUCCAUCGAAUUUUAAUAUUAUUUCUAUAAAAUACGAACGACAAAUCUAUCUCUAAAAAAAAUGCAUUUGAGAUUUAAGAAGAGAAUUGAAAAAGCUUCUCGCAAUUUGUUUCUUCUUAUUAUUAUUAUUGUUAUUGUUCUUGUAGGAGUACAGAUCCAUUGUUUAUUUUUUUUUCUUCCUCGAAUAAUUAUUUACAGUUUAGUUAGCACAAUAAGUAUUUCAAGUUUAAUCGAAAAUGAGAAAAAUCGUUUUUUGGAUCAAAACGAUCUGAUUUCUAGAUCGCUUAUCGCCUACGAUUGAUAGGAAAUCGUACUUUCGUCCAAUUAAUGCCUUCGAAGAGGCUUUAUAUCUUUUUCAAUGUGAAUUAAGAUGUUUAAGGCGUCAAAUGGAAAACUAAUAGAAAUGUGAAACUUAAUAAAAAUUGAAAAAAAAAAAAAAAAAAAAAAAAAAAAAAAAAAAAAAAAAA